AUGAUUGCGGCAUUGGAUCAUGAUGAUAAAAUUGAGUGUGACAAAGGAGUAAAAAACAAUUUUGUAAAUAAUAAUCAUACUAAAGAAAUAUAUAUAUCAACAUCGAAUAAGGAAGAUACCAAUAAUGUAGAUCAACAAAGAACUGAUAAGCUCCCAUCUAACAAUAAUAAAGAGAUAGAUCUUUUAGGCAGCGGAGAUCAGAUAAAUUUCAGUAAAAAUACAUCAUUUAAACCUAAACUUGGGGAUAAUAAUAAACAAAAUAAGAGGAUUGAAACGAUUAUUACUGGUUCAGCUACAUUAGACACUAUAAAUAGUUUCGAAUCUGGUAUUUCAGAAUCACUUUUAUAUCAAUAUAGUACCUUGGAAAAUAGUAAUAACCAUAUGUAUAGUAAUAAUUCUAUGAAUAGCCUACCGAAGAUAUUAACUCAGUUAUCAGACAUUUCAUCAGAUCUAAAUAUAGAUUUAUAUAAGAAAUUUCAUAGUAUAUGCAAACAUGAAAUAGAAUCUAUAUAUAAUUAUCAAAAUGACUCAAAUAUAUCUAGAGAAACAAUAAGAAAUUGUUGUGAAGCCUUAUUAAGUCCAUUAAGAUUAUACCGUUUUUUACUUGGAUAUGGCUUUAAAAUUGAUUAUGCUACAGAUGCAUUUUCUAAACAUAUUAAUUGGAGGAAAGAGUAUAAUCUUGAUUCGGUAGUAAGACCUUAUGUGAUAACUAAUAUGGUACCUAAUAAUAAUAUUGAAAUGGCUCCAUUACAUAAUAUUAUAGUAAAAUAUUAUCCAUGUAAUUUGUUAUUAAGAGAAAAUGAUUCAAAAAAAACUCCAUUAUUUGAUUUAUUUGGAAAUAUAAUUUGUAUUGAGAGAUUUGGUCUAUUAGAUGAAACAAGAUUAUUAGGUGCUGUAAAAGUAGAAGAACUAUUAUUAUGGUAUGCUUAUCAUAUGGAAUACCGAUGUAUAUUGUUAGAUAAACUUUCAUAUGAGAAUAAAAAUCUUGUCAAAGCUACUUGCAUAGUGGAUUUAUAUGGAUUAAGUAUAUCUCAAGUCCAUUCAUCUCAUAUGAUUAGUAUUUUAAGACGAAUGAUUCAGUUAACAUCUGAUAAUUAUCCAGAAGGAAUGUCAUAUGUUAUAUUUGUUAAUGCCCCCAGAUUUUUUUCAGUAGUAUGGAACUCAUUCAAAGUACUACUAGCAGCUAGGACAGUUGAGAAAAUUAUUGUUUUGGAUGAUGAUUAUAAAGAUAAAUUAUUUAGUAUAAUUAAACCUGAUAAUGUUCCAAUAUUUUUAGGAGGUCUUAGCACUGAUGAAUAUGCGAGUGUUCCAAAUAGUGGUACUUUAUUAUUAGAUAGCUUUGGUCUGGGAGAUGAUAGACAAACUUUAUAUAUAAAGAGGAUGAAAAAAGAGAAAAUGGUAAUCCCAGUAAAAAAGCCAUUUACAUUAGUUUGUUGGACUUGGGGUGUAUUAGAUGGUGAUAUAGGUUUUUCUGUUAAAUUUUAUACAAUAGAACAAACUAAUAAAAGUAAAUCAUCAUCAUCUCAAAGGAAAAAAAAAGAAAAGGAUGAUCAUAAUAUAGAUAAUUAUAUAAAUAAUCAUGUAAAAGCUGAUCAUGAUUCUAAUAAUAAGAAAAGUAUAGAUAAUUUAAAGAGACAUCAUAUAAUAAAUAAUUCAGAUUUAAUGACAUCUUCAAGUUUAGAUAAAAAAGAAGAAACUUUAAAAGAUUCAUCUCAACCCCACACUUCAUUAUAUCCAAUAAAUGAUUCUACAGUUGAUUAUCAAAAUAAGUUAAAUAGUAACUUAGAUACAAUUACUAUGGAUCCUGAGGAUGGAAAUAUAGAUAAAAUUAGUGCUAAAGAAGAUAUUUCUUCAAUAGGAAUACAUAUUUUUCCAUCAAAUGGAAUUAAUAAAAAGUCACCUAGAAGCAAUCAUAAGAAAUCUAAUGCUAGCAAUUUAACAAGUGAUAUAAAUAAAUUAUCUUUACCUUUAUUCAAUAUAGGUGGAUUACAGACAUCUGGUUCAAUGUCUGCUUUUCAUGAAAUAACAAUAGUACCAUUUGGACGCUAUGAUUCAUCAAAAGCACAAAGUGGCUCUUAUUUAGUUGAUAUACCUGGAUAUCUAAUAUUACAAUGGGAUAAUUCAUGGAGUAUAUUUUCUGGAAAAACUGUACACUUUGUAGUGAAAACUAAUCAAUCUUUUAAUGAUGAAUGUGAUGCUAUAGAGAAACUAGAUAAAUUAGAUUCAGAAGUAUGUUCACCCAAUACAAAAGAUGACAUUUUAUAUAAUCCGAUUAUUACACUUCAAAGUAAUAUAUCAGGAAUAUCAGAACAAAAUUCUAAAAAUAAAUUUACUGAAACUCCUUUAAUAUAUCCAUCAACAAAUUCUAUUAAGAAAUUACCAUCUAAUAUAAAAUCGCCUAGUGCAACUUUAAAAGAUAUAAAUGAUAUUGAAGUAAGUAAAAGAAUAGAUUCUCCAAUUAUUUCAGAGAAUACUUGCAAAAUUGUUGACCACACUUAUACAAAUUCUUCUAAAUCUUGCAGGAUAACUCACUUUCAAUCUCAUGAACUACUUUUUCCUACAGAAAAUUUUAGAAUAAAUAUAAAGAAUAAUAGAUCAAAAUCUUUAGAUGCAAAUAUUUGUGAAGUACAUUCAAACCUAGAUUUAAAUGAAAUAUCACUAGAUGAGUAUAAAGAUAUUGAAUAUUUUACACGAGGACAUAAUUUUACUGAUAAAUUUCAAAGAAGGACUCAAUCUGUGGAAUCUGAAUGUAAAACUAUAUCUUCAUUUGCUACUGCAAUUUCAGUACUGGAUGAUUUACCUAUUGAUAAUAUUGAAACAUCAAUACCAAAUAAAUCGGUAUAUGAUCCAGUAAUUAAAAAUGAAGAUACUACUUUAAAGUUAAAUAACUGUACAAAUAAGAUAAGUGAUAAUUUUCAUAGUGAAUAUUUUGAGGAUAUUCAGGAAAAUGAAAUCAAUAAAAAAAAGAAGUCUCAUUAUAUAUAUCCAGAUUCUUGCAAUAUAUCUGUUGAAACAUGUCUUUAUAUUUGUGACCCUACUUUUGAAAAUAAAGAAUUUCCAUUUGAAGUACACUUUUCUAAAGCAGGUAACUAUGACCUUGAAAAAAUAUCACAUGAUUCAUUACUUAAGAAUUUAUCAUCUAUUGGUUUCACAACAUCAUCAUCUUCAUCUUCUGCUAUGUCAUCUCCUAUUAAUGGAUGGGGUAAUUCUGGAAUAUUGUGCAAUAUGUUACAUGGAAGAAUUAAUAUGCUAAAAUCAACAUGCUCUGAAUUGAUUAACUCUAAUACAGUUCUACCUUUAAAACUAAACUCAAAAUCCCAAACAAUUUCUAGAUUUCCCCUUUCAUUCUCUAAUACAGCUAAAAAUUUUAAAAGUAUUGCUCAUAAAAUUAAGAGAAAAUUAAGGAAAUACAAGGCAAAAGAAAGUAAAACAUAA